AUGGAUAAGAAACACAACGCGCCGGAAGAUGACGAAUCCCCAACGUCACGCAAACGAGCGCGAGUAGACAAAACGCGCGAGGAUGCAUUUGACGGAGGUGUAAUCGAUGUGAAGGACUCGGAGUCCGAAUACGAGUACGACAAGGCAGAAGAGGAGGCGCUUCGUCAAGGUGCUCAAGAGAUGGCCAAGCGCGCCCCAAAAACGGGGACGGCUAGGAGAGCGGGUGCUAUCGAACAGCUCGAAGUAUUCAAGUUUAUGUGUCACGACUAUUUGGUUAUCAAUUUCGGUCCACAAGCGAACUUCAUCAUCGGACGCAAUGGUAGCGGCAAGAGUGCGAUCUUGACUGGAAUUAUCCUCGCGCUAGGAGGCAAAGCCUCCACCACGAGUCGUGCUACUUCCUUGAAAGGUUUCAUCAAACACGGUCAAAGUCGAGCAGAGGUAAAACUGCAAAUGAGUAACCGUGGCGAGGAAGCUUACCGCCCAGAUGUCUACGGCGAAACGAUCAUCAUCGAGAGAGCGAUCACAAAAGAGGGUGGCGGUGGCUACAAAAUCAAGAGUGGACGCGAUAACAAAGUAAUCAGUACUCAGCGGGCAGAACUGCAAAAUAUUUUGGAUCAUUUUAUGAUCCAAGCCGAUAACCCACUCAACGUACUGAGCCAAGAUGCCGCCAAACUCUUCCUGAGUGCUAGUACUAGUAAAGACAAAUAUGCGCUAUUUAUACGUGGUACACAACUUCAACAACUUACCGACGAGUAUGGAGAGAUUGAGAACAAUAUCAGGACCGCCAAAGUGAUUCUGGACAAUAAGAAGCAGGCGAUGAGCUCGAUACACGACAAAGCCAAACGUGCAAAAGCGGUUUUAAAGGACGUAGAGCAAGCUUUUGAGCAUGGGACCAAGCAGCGUCUGCUCCAAAAGGAGUUGGCAUGGGCCUAUGUUGCCGAUGCCGAAGCGCAACAAGCGCAGUUGGCGGAGGCGGUUCAAGAAGAAGAGGCUAUCAUUCCGCAGUGUGAGACUGAAGUAAACAAAGCUGAAGUAGCAUUGGCGGAUGCGGAACAAGAGAUAGCUACUUUGAAUAACAAAAUGUCAGCCGCCAACGAUGAUCAGCUGCAACAGAAAUGUGGCGAACUCAAGAACGACCUCAAGAAGCGAUAUGAAGAACUCAAAAGGCUCGCUAACGACUUGAGGGAUUACAACUCAACAACCAACCGAUUGAGAAAAGACUUGGAGGCUCAGCAGGUUCUGAUAGAUCAAGAGAAUGCGAGAGCAUCCCGCACGACUGCCAUGACACGCCAAGAUGCUAUCAACCGUCGCGAGGAAUGCGAAGACCAGAUUAAGGUGAAAGAAAAUGAAAUCGUCGCAGGCCAACAAAAGAUUGCCGAGUUGAAUCAUCAGCUUCAGCAGCAAAAGUCUCAAACUGAUAUGCUCAAGGGUGAAAUCGCAGGCUUAGAAAGAGACAUCGGGAAUCUGUCUGGCGACCUGAACCGCGCUGUCAGCGCCCAAGCGGACAGAUUUUGCGCAUUCGGCCGAAAUGCCAAAAUUGUCAUGGAGCAGAUUGCUGCUAGUCGAUGGAAUGAGAAGCCAUUGGGACCCAUCGGCCUAUAUGUUCAAUGCGAAGAUAAAGCUUGGUCUCAGCUCCUGGAGACAGUUUUGAAUCGCACUUUGGGAUCAUUCGUGGUCACCAAUCGAGACGACGAGAAUCAACUACGACACAUCUUGAAAUCACAUCAAUGGCGGAACCCGAUCAUCCGAUCCAGACCAGAUUUGUUCGAUUUCUCUGCCGGCGAGCCUGACGGGCAGUACCGCACUAUAUUACGCAUGCUACAAUUCGAAGACGAAUUUGUGAAGCGAGUUUUGAUCAAUGAGGAUAAAAUCGAGCGAACUAUUCUAGUCAAUCACCGACGAGAAGGGGACCCUAUCAUGUCCAGGCAUCCCAGGGAUCGGAAGGGUAUCGAGCGUUGUUUUACUAUCGAUGGAUACCGAGUGGGUGGAAUCACGGGAGGUAAACAAGUUUCAGCUUUGUCGCUUUAUCAGGGCACACCCCGCCUAAGAAGUGGUGACGUUCGCGAACACAUAAAUCAAAAGAAUGAAGAGAUCCAAGGAAAGACUGCACAUAAACAACAAGCUGAGAUAGCGCUCAGACAGGCUUUGAAAGAGUGUAGUCAGACGUCUAACCUCAUCGCCGACUUGAAUCGCCAGCAAGGAUCUACAAAAACCAUGAUCUCGAAGCUGAAAGGCCGGAAAGCUCAGUUAGAUGACGAGCUUGCGGAGACUUUCUCUUCUAAUCUUGCUGCGUUGGAAGCGGUGAAGACUGAUUUGCAAAACGAAAUCGAUUCCUCGGUAGCACAAUUCGGGGAAUUAACUCGCAAGAAAAAAGAACUUCAAGAUAACAUGAGACCCAUCUUGGAGGAAAAAGAGAAAAUCGAUCAAUACUUUGCUUCUAAGAAGAGUGAACAAGAUUUGAUCAAUAGUCAAAUUUUACUUGCCACGGAGAAGGCGAUGACUUGCCGAGCGAGUGUGACACACUACAAAUCGUCAUUAGCCAAACAUCAGCGCAAGCUAGAACAUAUUAAUGACAAGCAUCAAGAGGCCGUAGAAAGGACCAGGGGGAUCACAGAGCAAGCAAUUGAGCUUUGUGGUUCGGCAGAAGUUGUUCCAACUAGAAAAAGUAUCAACAAAUUGAUUAGCGAGAUAGAGAAAAUCUCGAACACGGUGAAAUCUACCGAGACAAGGUAUGGUGGCAAGAGUCUUGAAAACAUUCAAGCCGAAUGUCAAGAAGCUACCAUAGCAUGGAAGAAAGCAGACACAGAGCUUAGUGAAUUAAGAGCUACAAUUCUUCUUCUUAAACAUGCACUUCAACUACGUAAGAAUAAAUGGUUACAAUUCCGUUGCCAUAUUUCGGUUCGUGCUAGGAUGAAAUUUAUCAACCAUUUGAAUAAUCGAGGGUAUACUGGGAAAUUGAAUUUUGAUCAUAACCAUCAAAGAUUAGAAGUUCACGUGGAUACUCACUCUGACGAGCUCAGACAGGCCAAAUUAAGAGAUCCAAGAGGAUUAUCAGGUGGAGAGAGAUCCUUUUCAACGAUUUCAUUGCUAUUAACACUUUGGGAUGCAGUCAAUUGUCCCAUCCGUUGUUUGGACGAAUUUGAUGUCUUUAUGGAUAUGCAACAUCGUAAAGUGGCAGUUGACAUGAUGAUUAAUUCUGCUAAAGAAGCUCAUGAAGUUCAAUAUAUAUUCAUUACACCACAAGAUUUAAGAUCUACUGCAUUCGGACCUGAGACUAAGAUUGUAAGAAUGUUAGAUCCUAUAAGAAGAGAUGAAACUGCUUGA